UGGAAGUUACGUUGAGACGUAAAGCGAAGUUCAAUAAUUAAAAUUUUGCAACAUUUUCCAUGUCGAUCCGAUCGGAUUUGAAUAUUCGUUGAAGGGGGCAUUGAAAUGAAGUCGUCUUGCGAAAGAUUCUGAGAAGCUUCUGUCUGCAAAAGAGCGUAGAGAAGCAAGGUUGAAAGUCACUGUGUGCGGUAACAUUGGCCCGGCAAGAUAGCAUCGUGUGUUCAACUAUGCGUUUAAUUCGAAACCGAGCUUCAACAGGCGCAACUUGCUAAAAUUUGGGGUGGCCGCAGCGGCGUGGUGCUCGGAGAGCCAUAUAUAAAGAGGAUUUUAUUAAGCGGCCGCAGUUCAAGUUCCGACAUGAAAUCGGUCAGGAAGCCGAAGGACUUUAGCAUCGAGAGUAUUUUGGCAGAUGGAUCCAUGUUCCUUCGAAAUGACCAGUCCAACAGGUCGUCACGAUUCAGCGUCCCAAGAUCUUGUAAAGUCGAUCUUCAAGGAGGGAAGUUUGAGAGGAAUUCUGAAACACCGUUUAAAAUUAGUACCGGAGGAGGAAAUGUUGCUGUGAACACGAGGAUUAAUUUUAAAUCAAUCAAGGGAAAUCCUGCACCGACGAGCUGCGAAAGUGACACGCGAAAUACGUAUCUAAGAAACAAUAAAAGUAACAAAUUUAACGAAAAAGUUGAAGUUAUUGCGGCAGAGAGGACUAAAGCGAAUUUUAAAAUAACUGAUUCCGGUCGACACGACGAACGGGAAUAUUCCACACGUUUGCCAAGCACUGAAGAAAACGAUAUUGUCAAUUGUUUCCAUGAGGUUUCGAAGUUCGACACGGAGGAACCUAAUUUCAGUGAAGUAAACUUAGACUCAGAAGUAACGAUGCGCAUUGCAAAAGAAGAUACAAUAAAUUCUGAAUGCUACGUUAAACUUAAAAAAUUUGAUAUAAGCUACGAAGAAAGAAGUGAAAGUUACUGUAAUGUUAAAUUAAACGAGCAGCAAAACAGCAUAGCGGAUUUGAAAGGAGACCAAAGUGAACCAUUGAAACAGGAUCAGGAAGAAGAAUUUGGCAAUAAACGGUUUAAGCAUCCAAAUCACAAUCAUACUGAUUUGUCAGAAAAUAAAAGUAAAGACUCAAUAAUCAAUUCCUAUAAAAAAUUGAAGAAAAUAGAGAGUAAGUGUUCGUCGUUCGACAAUAACAAAACAAAAGCGAUAAAGGCUACAACAGAAUUAGAAUGGCUUCGAUGUACGAGGUACAGGCCGCCGAAAAUUCCUAGAAAGUCUACGAUCGGGAAAAAUAGACGAAAGCCAAGCCUUCAUCCUCGGAUACCAUUUUCAACGUUUCAACUGGACUUUCUUGAGCAGCAAUUUCGGCACAGCGCUUAUCUCUCAAAAGACGACGUUUCGGAGAUAUCGAGUGUUUUAAACCUUCCUCCCAAUAGGAUAAAGAUUUGGUUUCAAAAUCGACGUGCCAGGGAGCGACGUGAAUUUUGUAUUAAUGCAUAA